AUGGGAUCUUUGCAUCCAGACACAUUUAAACACACACCGCAACUGAAACGUCUCACAAUUACUUACAGCGAGCUUUCCGUUUUAACAUCUGACGUGUUCUUGCCAAUUCCAAACCUGAUAACACUCGACCUCUCCAACAAUAAACUCAGGUCUUUGGAUUUUCUAGCAGAGGCCAAACUGCCAGUACUCAGAUGGCUCGAUGUCAGCAACAAUGAAUUGUUCGUAAUCAGUGAAACAGUUAUCCAAUCCCUUUUAACCAUGAAAUAUCUGGAUCUAUCUGCUAACCUUUUAACAUGUGAAUGUUCUAAUUACGGUCUUAUCCAGUGGAUUCAAGGCAGCAAACAGACACAGGUUGUUAAUGCACAUCAGUACACUUGCUCAUUUCCUGUCAGCCAACGGGGAAACAAAUUCCUUGACUUUGGUUUUGACUCCUGUUGGAUAGAUGCUGCAUUGCUCUGCUUCCUUUUUAGCUCUAGUCUAGUUGUGCUUACUCUCCUCGCAUCCUUCAUCUAUCACUUCCUGAGGUCACACCUCACCUAUACCUACUACCUCUUCCUGGCCUUUCUCUAUGAUAAUAAGAGGAGGAAGAAAGGUAUUCCUCACAGCUACGAUGCCUUUGUCUCCUACAAUGUUCAUGAUGAAGCUUGGGUCUGUGGAGAGUUGCUUCCAGAGCUGGAGGGUCAACAGGGCUGGAAACUCUGUCUGCACCACAGAGACUUUGAACCAGGUAUAGAUGCUUUUCUGAUGACUAUGAAAUGUAAGCCCAUUGUAGAAAACAUCACAGAUGCCAUCUAUAACAGCAGGAAGACUAUCUGUGUGAUCAGCCAGCAUUACCUGCAGAGUGAGUGGUGCUCCAGAGAAAUCCAGAUGGCCAGCUACCGUCUGUUUGAUGAACAUAAGGAUGUGUUGAUCAUGGUGUUUCUGGAGGACAUACCAGCCAAGCAGCUGUCUCCAUACUACCAAAUUAGGAGUCUGGUGAAGAAGCGUAGCUACCUGAGUUGGCCACAGGCUGUUCAGCACACUGGAGUCUUCUGGCAGAAAAUACAACAAGCUCUCAAGAGAGAAGAAAACCCUGCUGAGCACAGGUGCCUCCUCACUGGCUACCAGAGAGUCAUCCAGUGA